GGAGUAGUUUUUCAACACUGUCGUUAUAUCAUUGUUUUGUUUGUUCCUAAAAUGUUGCGACAAUUUCUGUUAACUACAGUUGGGCGUCGUGCGGCUUUACCUUCGAUCGCCCAAAACCGUUUUGCCAGUAACUUGGACAAAACUGAGUUUACAACUCCCGGUGAAAUUGUAGAUUACGAUGAUCCUCCGCAUUUGCCAGUUCCGGAAUAUCCUGUCCGCCCCGAUGAGCCCCUUGAAACUCGCAAGCAGCGCCUCUUGUAUCAAAGCCGAAAACGUGGGAUGCUGGAAAACGAUCUUUUGCUGAGCACUUUUGUGGCUAAACAUCUAAAGGAUUUCAAUGCUGAACAGACUGCCGAGUAUGAUCAGCUAAUUAAUGGAGUGAGUAACGAUUGGGAUAUCUUCUAUUGGGCAACCGAAACAAAGCCAACGCCCCCGACAUUCGAUAACGAGAUAAUGCGAAUGCUAAAGGAGCACGUUAAAAAUCAUGAGAAAGUCCAGAGGAUCAGGCAACCGGAUCUGUAGGUCUUGAACUCUAAAAAAAUGUUAACGCAGUAUAUAUUGAGAGCAUUUGGAAACCCUUAUAAACAAAAAAGGGUUUUAUAAUUUAUAAUGUUUAUAAACAUAAAACCGCUUUGACAAGCUAAUACUUUUUGACUAAUAUUUAAAGUAUACUUAAUUUUAAAAUUGGUAUCUGAAGUAUAUUGUGUGCUAUUUAUAAAGAAAGAGAAUCUGCUUUAAUGACCCUAGCUUUUGUACUAAAAAUAAAUGAUAAUAAAAUAAAAUAAUCUGCGAACCACCAA